UAAACGAACUGAUGGAUGAAGAUGAGAAGGACAGGGCAAAGAGGGCAUCACGCAACAAAUCUGAGAAGAAGAGGAGAGACCAGUUCAAUGUCCUCAUUAAAGAGCUUUGCACAAUGCUGCAGGGCCACGGCCACCCUCUCAAGAUGGACAAGUCCACAAUACUGCAGAGGACCAUCGACUUCCUACAGAAACAGAAAGAAAUCACAGCACAGACAGAAGCCUGUCAGAUUAGACAAGACUGGAAGCCUUCAUUUCUUAGCAACGAGGAGUUCACCCAGUUGAUGUUAGAGGCACUAGAUGGCUUUCUCAUUGCUCUUACCACUGAUGGGAUUAUUAUUUAUGUAUCUGAUAGUGUUUCAUCUCUGCUAGGACACUUACCGUCAGAUUUGGUGGACCAAAAUAUAUUAAACUUUCUGCCUGAGGGGGAGCAGAGCGAGGUGUACAAGCUCCUUUCUCCACAUGUGCUCAUGACAGAUCCUGUUGCAGCUGAUUUUCUAAAUGCAGAAAAACAAAUAGAGUUUUGUUGCCAUUUAGCAAGAGGCAGCUUAGAUCCAAAUGAACCCCUGAUGUAUGAAUAUGUGAAAUUUGUAGUGGAUUUUAAAUAUUUUACUCAUGUGCCUACACCCUCCUGUAAUGGCUUUGAGUCAGCUAUUGCACGGGCUUUCAGGUCAGCCACGGAGGAGCAGAUUUGCCUGGUAGCGACUGUUCGUCUGGUCACGCCGCAGUUCCUAAAGGAGCUCUGCAACGUUGAAGAGCCAUGUGAAGAAUUUACAUCGAGGCAUAGUUUAGAAUGGAAGUUUUUAUUCUUGGACCACAGGGCUCCACCUAUUAUAGGAUAUUUACCCUUUGAGGUUCUGGGAACAUCAGGGUAUGAUUACUACCACGCAGAUGACCUGGAGCUUCUUGCUAGGUGCCAUGAACACUUGAUGCAGUUUGGAAAAGGAAAAUCCUGUUACUAUCGGUUCCUGACCAAAGGGCAGCAGUGGAUAUGGCUGCAGACACACUACUACAUCACCUACCACCAGUGGAACUCCAAGCCUGAGUUCAUCGUUUGCACUCAUCUGGUAGUUAGUUAUGCAGAAGUUCGGGCUGAGAGAAGGCGAGAUCUUGGCCUCGAAGAGUCAUCAAUUGAACUGGCAUCCUCUUCUCUAAAGAGCCACAGCAGCUACCUGGACGUGGGGCAGUGCGGCAGCAGCCAGGACGCCAGCCGGGAGGGAGUGUCGCUGUCCUCGCACAGCUCCCGGCGCUCCUCGCACACCACCCUCUCCGACUCCACCUCCACGUCGUCCAUGCGGCGCACAGACACCAGCACUCCCACCCGGCCGUCGGUGCCGGGCGCUCCGGGGGAGAAGGCAGCCCUGCGGCUGGCAGCGGCCGGGAGCGCUCAGGCCAUAGCCACUGCUCAAGCCUGUGGUGAGCACCCCUCUCAGCACCCCGUGGCUCAGCUGGCAGUGCCCUCCCAGCACCCUGUGAUGCCCAUGUACCAUUUCCCCACCCAGCUGGGGAUGAUGCACCAGCUGAAAGAGCAGCUGGAGGAGAGGACUCGGAUCCUGCAAGCUGACAUCAAAACGCAGCAAGAGGAGCUCCAUGUCAUCAAGGAGCAGCUCCAGCUCGUGCAGGACUCCAACCUGCAGAUGCUGAUGCAGCAGCCAAUCCCCGUCAUCUUUAACUCCGUGCAGCAGCCGAGCCCCCGGAGGCCGCCGCCGCAGGGGACGCCCAGGCAGACCACGGCCAAGAAGUCCCAGCAGCCAGCCCUCACGGGGACAAAGCACUACUGCAGCACCCACCUGCUGUCACCGCACCCAUUCCUCAGGGACCCCUGUGGCACAGCCCCCCAGGUACAGCAGCAGAAGCAGCAGCACCCAAUGAGAGGAAGCCAAGGCCAGCAAACGUGUGUGCCAGGGCAGGCGAGCAUCUCAGUGCCCUUCUACAACAACCCCAUGGUGUUCUCCCAAGCACACCCCAUCACCGUGGCUGCACAGGGGCCGACUGACAGCAGUGAGAGGCAGCCUCCAGCUGACUACAGCCAGGACAGGAGCCUCAGGAUGCUGUUGGAUCAGUCCAUCCAAGCCAUGAUGCCCGCAGCCAACAGCAGUUGCCAGCCCGUGCAGAGCAGUGCCAGCAGGCAGCAAGGAAAGUUUGUUGCAGAGCAGCAGACCCUGCCUCCCCCAGCACAGGUGCAGCCAGUCACCUGCAGCACCGUCCGACCUCCAGCCCCGCCGCCCAUCUUCUCCCCGUCUCUAAUGAUCCCACACACCAGCUUCACUUCCCACCAGGCCAACACACCAGUUCACCUGCACCAGUGGCCACAGCAGCAGGUUCAGCAGCACCGCCUCUACCUUCAGAUGCAAGGUCCUGAGCUGGUUCCUGGGGCUCCAACACAGCGCAUUUUCCAGCCGCCCCACACCCCGCAGCAGAACCCCUUGAGCUACUUCCUCCACCCGCAGCAGCAGAGCCACCACACGCAGGGCCAGCCCUGCAACCUGCCUGACCUGCCCGAGAUGCAGCUGCCCUGAAAGUCACUGCUGGGAGACAAGGACCACACGGCUUCAGCCGCUGCGCCCGCGCGCACGCAGGGGAGCACGACGCCAUCGGAGCACGGCACAGGAGAGGUUGGGAUGCUCUGUGACAGGGAUGCACAGCUGCAGGGGCCUCGUUUCUUGGGAUUUCCAUGCAGCCAGCCCGUGAUGCUGUUCUGGCAGCAGGGUGUGCCCUGGCCCAGCACCGUGGUGCCACUGGAAGUGGUGGCUUUCUUGCUGCAGGGAGGGCAGGUAUCAGGCCACCAUGAAGCUCAGUUUGCAAUGGAAAAAACCUUUUUCCAUUCAGGACUUCAAUGCUGAAAGUCACUGUGAAUUUAAGCCCAGCAUUUGGAGCACAUAGACUGUACCAGUCCACAGGACACCAGUGGAUUAUCGUGUACAUAAUUCAUUUUGCUGUAGUAGGUCCAUUGUGAAUUCUUUUUCCUUUUUCUAUACCUCAGUCCCGCAGGUUUUUUUUCCAGGAGUUUGGAUAAUGCUGCUAAUUUACAUAACACCACUUUUGCCUGAAUUUCUUACUGUUGAUAUACCAGCUCACAUCGCAGCUACUUCAAUAUUUGUUGUGUUUUAUUUUUGGUUAACAAGUGAAGAUAAAUUUGUAUGGUUUUUACUCCCUGUAGCCAAAUAUUUUUCAGGUUACAAACAAAGAAUC